GACCAGGUAAGACAUUUUUUCAUUUUUCUUUUGUUGUCCUUAUUUCUCCCUCCUUGGAUGCAUGCUCUUCGUGGUGGUUUCGUGAGUACAAGUUUAAAUGCUUCUCUCGUUUUAUGUCAAUCACGAUAUUUCAUUCAAAAGUAAAAUUCAUGUUUUCUUGAAAUUUCAACUCAGUCUUUAUCCAUAUCCAUGUGACACUAUCGUUGAACUGGUCGAAUGAUGAAAAGUAAGCUAAUGACUUGACUAAUUGCUGUUGAAGAAGUCUUCACUGCAUCAUUGCCAACAAAUUUGAAAUUUCUUAGCCUAUUAUUUAUGACUUUCAUUCAGCAUAUGCAAGUAUGUAUUGUUCAGUUUUUCCUCGUUAACCUUUCCAAUCAAAUGGCUACCAAAUUUCUGGUUAUUUUUCUUUUAUGUUCCUUUGUUCUAAGGAAGGCUAACUCAAUUGAACUAGGGUCCAGCUUUGUCGCUGGCACCAAUUCAUCUUGGCGAUCAUCCUCUGGUGAUUAUGCCUUUGGCUUCUAUCACCUUCGUAGUGGCCGUUAUCUAGUUGGAAUUUGGUUUGACAAGAUUCCACAGAAAACACUGGUUUGGUCUGCAAACCGUGACAAACCGGUUGAAAUUGGAUCGACCAUCAAUCUCACACGAAGUGGUCAAUUUUUGCUCCAACCUAUCAAUGGUGCUUUAUUUCCAAUAUACAAUGGAACAAACACAACUUCUGCGGUGAUGCAGAACGAUGGGAAUUUCGUCUUGAUGGAUUCACUUUCCAAAGUUAUUUGGCAGAGCUUUGAUUCACCCACGGAUACUCUUCUAUUAGGCCAAACUUUGAAUACUGGUCAAAAGCUCUUCUCCAAUACCAAUGGAUUCGUAGACUACUCAACAGGGCAAUACAGUUUGGAGAUCCAAUAUGAUGGCAACAUUCUUCUUAAAGCUUAUCGGUACACAGAUUCUGCCUACUGGUGGAGUGACACUACCCAAAACAAAGGUGUGCGAAUUGUUUUUAACAAAACAACAGCUUCUCUUUACGCGGUUAAUGACACCAACCAAAUCAUAUAUAACAUGUUGGAAACUCAGGAAAUAGGUACAAUCGAAGAUUACUACCAUCGUGCGCUGGUCAAUGACCAGGGAAAUUUUCAGAAGUUGAUUUACCCAAAAGAAAAUGGAAGUGAGUGGAUUGUUGAGGGGAAGGUCGUGGAAAAGCCUUGCACUAUAACGGCCCUUUGUGGGGUGUAUGGCUUUUGCAAUGGUUCUGACAACGAAACAUAUAGUUGUGAAUGCUUGCCUGGCUAUACUCAUUUUGAUCCAAGUGCACCCUCCAAAGGGUGCUAUCUUAGUCAGGCCAAGGACUUGUGUGCUGCAAAUUCCUCUACCCCAAACUUCAAGGUGGAAGUGAAAGAAGUUCAAGAUGCUGAUAUAAUACCAAACGAUGGCCUUUUUUUUCUUAAUCUAGAAGUCAUAAAUAACGCGGAUUUGGAAAGCUGCAAGAAGGAACUGAUGGAUGACUGUCAAUGCAUGGCUGCGGUUUUAGAAGACACUGCUUGCUUUAAGAAGAAGUGGCCGAUUAUAAAUGCCGUUAGAAUCAUCCCAACCACCAGUAAUCAUGUGAUGCUGAUUAAAGUUCCUCUGGUUGACAAUGAAAAGGAUUCAUCGUCUUUGGUUGUUUUGAUAGUGGCUCUCAUCCUUUGCUCAUUCCUUGCUGUAUUAUUUGCAGCUCCUGCCAUAUAUCAUCACCCCUUUUGUCUGUAUCUCAUACACAAAAGGACACCGCCAAAGCCAAAGCCUGUGGAUAUCAAUCUAAAGGCCUUCUCAUUCCAGCAGCUAAGAGAAGCAACAAAUGGAUUCAAGGACAAACUCGGUCGAGGUGCCUAUGGUACAGUCUAUGGUGGGAUUUUAAUCUCGGAGGGUCAACAGGUUGAGGUUGCUGUCAAACAAUUAGAGCAAUUAGAAGACCAAGGUGAGAAAGAAUUCGUUACAGAAGUUCAAGUUAUUGCUCUCACUCAUCAUAGAAAUCUUGUUGGGUUAUUGGGCUUUUGCAAUGAGCAGAAUCAUAGGCUUCUGGUUUAUGAGAAAAUGGAAAAUGGGACACUAUCCAACUUUCUUUUUGGGGAAGGGGGUAAACCCAGCUGGGAGGGUAGAGUUAGAAUUGUGCUUGAAAUUGCCAGAGGCUUGUUAUAUCUCCAUGAAGAGUGUGACCAACAAAUCAUCCAUUGUGACAUAAAGCCUCAGAAUGUCCUUCUUGACUCAAGCUACACUGCAAAGAUUUCUGAUUUUGGACUGGCAAAGCUACUGAUGAAAGAUAAAACUCGAACAAACACCAAUGCUAGAGGGACAAUGGGAUAUAUGGCACCAGAAUGGCUCAAAAAUGCACCUGUUACUUCAAAAGUUGAUAUCUACAGCUUUGGUGUCAUGUUGUUGGAAAUCAUAUUUUGCAGAAGGCACAUUGAGUUGCAUCAAAUUGAGGAUGAAACAAAUGGUGAUGACAUGAUACUCAUAGAUUGGGUUUUAUGUCUGGCAAAAGAAAACAAUUUAAGAACCACAGUGAUUCAUGAUCUUGAAGUUGAAAAUGAUUUCAAGAGGUUCGAAAGAAUGACAAUGGUUGGUUUAUGGUGCAUAAAUCCCAACCCAACUCUUCGACCAUCUAUGAAAAUGGUGGUACACAUGUUGGAAGGAAAUAUAGAAGUGGGUGUUCCACCAAUCAACUGAUUUAUUAGCCAUUUUAUAGUUAAAAAACUCAAUUAAUUAUUUAUUUUCUGUUUUAUCUUAAUUAGAUUGUUAGUUAGCUCUUAUAUGAGCUUUCUCUUCUCACCAAAAGAAAAUAUAUGAGCUUUCUGUCUUCUAUUUUUCACACCAAUCAUUUCAAGAAUAUAAAAUGUUAUUUUACUUUUUUUU